AUGAAAAAUACUAUUAUUUUUUUCAUUUUUUUAAUUUUAUUAAUUGGUACAAAUUCAGAAUCAUGUGGUAAAAGAUCAUAUCAUUGGGAAUAUCAAAAUUGGGGUGAAUGCACUGGUGAAUGCGGUGUUCAAUAUAGAAGAGUAGAUUGUGUAUCAUGCGAUGGAACCAUAUCAGAUAGUUCAAUGUGUUCAAAUAUACCAAAAGAAAUGGAUAGCCAACCAUGCAAUCCAAUUUUUACAUGGGAAACUUCCGAAUGGAGAAAUGUUGGUCGUUGCAGAGGAGGUUGUAUACGAAGAAGAUGCAACUUUGAAAGAGAUAUAUAUUGUAAAAAGUGUGGAGUUAAUGCACCAAUAUAUGAAUGUGAUGGUGUUGCUGGAGUAAAACCACCUACCCAUAAGCGAGAUCGAAAAUUAAAACUUAUUAAACAAAAAUAA